AUGGCGGAGAUCAGCUACUAUGAUGCAGACUUGAGUGACGCGAUCACGAAGCUCAACGAACUCAUGGGCAAAGCUGCUAAGGCGCCACCUGGAGUCCGACCCGAAAUGCUCGCAAUGGCCGAAGUGAAGCUCAAGGAGAUGAUUGAGCUCAAGAAAGGCUUCCAGCUAGCACUUCGUCAAGCUCCGCGUGACCAAGUUGCUGCAUUUCGCGAGAAAUUCGAGGAGCAUAGUGCUCGCGUUGAAGAGCUGUCGAGUGAAUUUCGAUGGGCUAAAGCUGAGCAAGAGCGCAACGGUCUAUUCGGUGAUCGGGCUACCACAAGCGCCGCUGCAGCCAGAGGCACAAAUGGCUUGGGCAACAAAGACUUGCUCGAUAAAACUCUGGACAUCCAGUCGAAGACGGAACAAAGCCUUAUGAGCACGGCAAAGAUGGUUGAGCAGUCGAAAGACGUCGCAGCAGCCACAGCAGAGGCGCUACGAGGCCAACGUGAGCAUAUCGUGGAGAUCACAGACGCUGUGAUGGGGAUCGAAGACAGUUUGCAACGAGCUGACAAGCUGAUCCGCUCUUUCGCGCGGCGUAUGGCCACAGAUCGAGUUAUUCUGCUCUUUGCCUUCCUGGUGAUCGUCGGAAUCGCGGGCAUCGUUGGCUACAAGUCGAUGCAUCCGAAUGACACGACGUUCUACGUGCCAGAUGAGGUUACUCCCCCAGAUCCCACCGCACUCUACAAUACCACUGUGGCUGCUUUAAACAGCACACUCAACUCAUGA